UUUGACACGGAUCUAAACUGCUGUCCUCCCUUCUUACUCUUUCCAGCAUGCUGUCAGCUUGUGGAGGUUCUCCUGAACAUGCUCAUCCUGAUCUGCUGCGCCGUAUCCUACAACUCCACGGGGGGGUACACCGGCAUAAGUAGCCUGGGAGGAAUCUACUAUUACCAGUUCGGGGGGGCGUAUAACGGUUUUAGCGGUGCCGACGGAGAGAAGGCCCAGGCGCUGGACGUCGAGUUUUACAACUUGAAGCUGCCUUCUGUCACGGCUUCCAUGGCCUUUGGGGGGGCCCUCAUGACCUUCUGCUGCUUUCUUGUCCUGCUUGGGGUGCUGCGGGUCCCUUGGCGGUGGCCGGUGUGGCUCUUGGUAGAGUGCGUCUUGAAUGUCGCCAUCGCUAUAGGCUACAUCCCCGCUCUUUACUUCUACUUCCAACGGCUACAGGAAGCUUAUAAUUCCCAAGUGUGCAAAGACCGGGAGACCCUCUAUAGCAGUAAAGGGUACAAGGGCUUCACCUGCGGCUUCCAUGCGGCUGACAUUGGCGCGGCUCUCUUCGCUUGCAUGGCCAUCAUCGUCUUCGCCAUGAGCGCCGUCCUCGCCAUUAAGGGCUUCCGGACUGUCCGCCGGAUGAAAAAUAACAAGCCGGUCAACAUGCUUGAGUUUUAGCCGAAAUAAUCUGCAUGCUGUAAAUUGGGGCUGGACAAAUCUACAUGGAACGUAGGGGGCAGCCCGGCCCACCUAAGAGUCAUUGAUCGGGCUUUCAUCACACCCGGGACUUUCAUGUCCGCUCUUGGAGGUUCGGUUAUAGUAGAGUUAGGCGUUGGAAUGAGGUUAUGAGAAGGUCAUUUGUAGUUGGAAGACUAGAGAGAAAAACCCAAGUCUCCUUUUCUCUCCACCUUUCUACUACAUCAUCUCCCGUCCCGAUGCAUCCAACUUUCCCAUGACGUCCUCCAAGAACUGGACCUGUUGUGCCCUGGAGAAACCCUUGAAAUCGGGUUAAGGUCUCGGGGAACUCCUAAAAAUGGUUAUCUCUACAGGCUUAUGGAAACUUGGCCACACCACCACAAUGGUGGCCAGUGAGUAAAAGCCCUAUAAACUGGUGGUCAGUGGGAAGAAUUCUCAUUACAAUGGUGGCCAGUGUUGUGCCCCCAGUAUAAUGGGGGUCAGUGGGAAGAAUGCUUAUUACAAUAGUGGCCAGUGUAGUGCCCCUGGUACAAUGGGGGUCAAUUAGAAGAAUGUUCACUACAAUAGUGACCAGUGUAGUGCCCCCGGUACAAUGGGGGGUCAAUUAGAAGAAUGUUCAUUACAGUGGUGACCAGUGUAGUGCCCCUGGUACAAUGGGGGGUCAAUUAGAAGAAUGUUCAUUACGGUGGUGACCAGUGUAGUUCCACCAUAGAAGAAUGCUCAUUACAAUGGUGGCCAGUGUUGUGCCCCUGGUACAAUGGGAGUCAGAGGGAAUAAUGCUUAUUACAAUAGUGGCCAGUGUAGUGCCCCUGGUACCAUGGCGGGCAAAUAGAAGAAUGUUCAUUACAGUGGUGACCAGUGUAGUGCCCCCGGUACAAUGGGGGUCAAUUAGAAGAAUGUUCAUGACAGUGGUGGCCAGUGUAGUGCCCCCAGUAUAAUGGGGGUCAAUUUAAAGAAAGAUAAUUACAAUAGUGGCCAGUGUAGUGCCCCCCGAUACAAUGGGGGUCAGUGGGAAGAAUGCUCAUUACAAUGGUGGCCAGUGUAGUGCCCCCGGUACCAUAGGGGUCAAAUAGAAGAAUGCUCACUACAGUGGUAGCCAGUCUAGUUCCACCAUAAAAUAAUUUUCAUUACAUUGGUGACCAGUGUAGUGCCCCCCGGUACAAUGGUGGCCAGUGGGAACAAUGCUCAUUACGAUAGUGACCAGUCUAGUGCCUCUGGUACAAUGGGGGUCAGGUUGAAGAACACUCAUUACAAUGGUGGCCAGUGGGAACAAUGCCCAUUAUGAUGGUGGCCAGUCUAGUGCCUCUGGUACAAUGGGGGUCAGGUUGAAGAACACUCAUUACAAUGGUGGCCAGUGUAGUUCCCCCAGUAUAAUGUGGGUCAAUUUAAAGAAAGCUAAUUACAAUGUGGCCAGUGUAGUGCCCCUCGAUACAAUGGGGGUCAGUGGGAAGAAUGCUCAUUACAAUAGUGGCCAGUGUAGUGCCCCUGGUACCAUAGGGG